CGGGGCGGCGGGGGCGGCGCUCGCUCGGCGGGGACGGAACGGCCCGGCCCGGCCCCGGCUCUGCCUCAAGCCCCGCCGCCACCGCCUCCUCCUCCUCCUCCACAAGCCGCCGCCGCCGCCGCCAUGGCCGAGCAGCCGCAGCCCAUCAGCCCCGUGAAGAAUUUCUUCGCCGGCGGCUUCGGCGGCGUGUGCCUGGUGUUCGUGGGGCACCCGCUGGACACCAUCAAGGUCAGGCUGCAGACCCAGCCCAAGCCGCAGCCCGGGCAGCCCCCGCUCUACUCUGGGACCUUCGACUGCUUCAGGAAGACUCUGGUUGGAGAGGGAAUCCGAGGCUUGUACAGAGGAAUGGCAGCUCCGAUUAUCGGAGUGACCCCCAUGUUUGCUGUGUGCUUCUUUGGAUUUGGCUUGGGAAAAAGACUCCAGCAGAGAAAACCUGAUGAUGUUUUGACAUAUCCUCAGCUGUUUGCAGCUGGCAUGCUGUCGGGAGUGUUCACAACAGUGAUUAUGGCUCCAGGAGAGAGAAUCAAGUGCCUUUUACAGAUCCAGGCAGCUACAGGUGAAACUAAAUACACUGGCUCUUUGGACUGUGCAAAACAGCUGUACCGCGAGGCUGGGAUUCGCGGCGUGUACAAGGGGACAGUGCUCACCCUCAUGAGAGAUGUUCCAGCCAGUGGAAUGUACUUCAUGACGUACGAAUGGCUGAAGAACAUUCUGACCCCUGAGGGAAAGAGUGUGAGUGACCUCAGUGCGCCGAGGAUCCUCUUUGCUGGGGGCUUGGCUGGGAUCUUCAACUGGGCAGUGGCCAUUCCACCAGAUGUGCUCAAGUCCCGUUUCCAGACCGCUCCUCCAGGAAAAUACCCAAAUGGCUUUAGAGAUGUACUGAGAGAGCUUAUCAGAGAGGAGGGAGUUGCAUCUCUCUAUAAAGGCUUCACAGCUGUCAUGAUCAGGGCAUUUCCUGCUAAUGCGGCAUGUUUCCUUGGUUUUGAAGUUGCUAUGAAGUUCCUUAACUGGAUUGCACCAGGUCUAUGAAGACUGGAAAUCAGAGAGGAUAAGGAAGAGAGUACGAGUCUGCCUCAAAGGAAUAAAUGAAUGAUCACUUGAAGUUUCAGGAA